AUUACUUAUUAGUAAAUAUUACAUGACAGCAUAUUCAAAGAAUUCAAUAAAAUAGUUUCGUAUUACUUGAAAAUAUUACUUUUACAUUCAUGCUUGGAUGCCUUCGUUAAUGAUAAAUAGUAAUUGAAAAAUCUGUAGGAUUUCAAACAACGAAAAAUAUUAUUGAGAAGUAUACAGCAUAGAGCACUAGAACGCAUUCACGUAUGUACUGACAUUAGUCAGAUAAGUGUUAGGUAUAUAAUCAUGAAAAAAAAAAUAUUUUCCAUGUGAUAAAAAUAACUGGUUCGAGGGUUAUUUUUUAAACUGAUGUGAAAAGAAAAGAAUUUCCAGUUAAAUUGAGUUAACUGGGGGAUAAUAACUUUAACUGUAAGAUAACUAAGAGUGAAGAAAAUAGUCAUAAGAAAUCAUUAGUUUGCUUUAGGCUGUCAGAUAAAGUGCUUCGGUUAUUCAUUUAAAAGCUAUUAUUAAAAAUAAAACAAUCAUGUAUAAGUUUACGUUAUUUAAUUAUACCUUUGUUGUGUUUUUUAUACUUUUGUUUGUAAUCGACUCAUUACAACGCGAAAUGACAUCUUUGGGAAGAAUACAAAAAAGUUUGUUGAAUCACAAUUUACAUACAACACACAACUCUGAGUUAGAGUGCAAAGAAGAUUAUGUCAAGUGUGUUAAUGACAGCCGGUGUAUUCCGAAAUUUUUGUGGUGUAACGGAAAAGUAGAUUGCGCAGAUGGAAGUGAUGAAGAAAUGUGCUCAUGUCUUGAUCAAAUUGAUAACAAUAAAAUUUGUGACGGCAGAUUUGAUUGUUUUGAUGGCGAUGAUGAACUUAAUUGUUUUGGGUGCGGUAAUAAUUCUUUCAGUUGUCUAGAUUGGACUAGACGUGAUCCUAAGGGGAUGUGUGUAUCCUUAUCACGAAGAUGUGACGGAGUAACUCAGUGUCCAAAUAAAAAAGAUGAGUUAGAUUGUAGUAUCCUCACACCAUCUCCUAUCAACCAUGAUACUGUGAUUAAUUACAAGUAUAAAGAUGGAUAUUUUUUCAAAAACUGGAAGGGCAAUUGGUACCCAGUCUGCCCGGAAACACAAACUUGGGCAUCUGACGCAUGUUUAGAAGGAACUGGAAGUCUUGCUUCCGAACCACCAACAAUUACAGUUAAUAUGAAUAUGAAAAAAGAAAAACGUAAUCUGGGGCAAUAUAUUGCGAUGAUGCCAUGGGGGCAAGUUAAAUUGCUCAACGAUUGUUUUGCUGAAAUAGCAUUUGUUUUGUGUACUAACCAGAAAAAAAUCUAAUAAAAAAUGUCAUAAAAUUUUUUAUCUUUUAUCAAAUUUAUUGCUGUGUUUUUCGGCUCAAGAAUUAAAGGAAGAUGUUAUUUUUUA